AUGGAUUCAGCAGGCUAUCAUCAACAUCCUGCUCAUGCUUCGGCAUCCUCCUCUCGCAAUUUCCCGUUGUAUCAUGAUUCGUCUUCCUCAACAUCGACGUCUGAUCCUUUUGAUACGACUGCAACGAUGUAUAUAGCGAAUAAUCACCCCAAUCAACCUCAGCAUCAUAAUUAUCAUCAAGAACAUAUGUUCUCUCCUUCUCACCAUUUUCUCGGUCAGUCUACGUCACCAAACUCAUCUCAGCAUCUUCCAUUCGUCCAAGUGACUCACCCCACACCUACAAAGGCGAUGAAGUUCAGACGAAAGUCUAUAGAUGCUCUUAGUAUCUCGACAGCAAGUUCCUUCGAUCCUUCUCCGUUGGGCGCAAUGCAACCACUUCCAUCUCCUGGAACGGGAACCUUAGACGUUAUGGUCGAACCUUUAUCGCACGCUCAACAGGUGUCGAAGAGUAGACCACGAUCACCGGAUUUGGACUUUGAAGAUGACGAUAGUGAAGCUGAAAGAGUGCGACAGGCGGAAAAACAAGCUAGGAUCAGAGAGAAAGGCAGAGAAAGGCAAAGGAGGAAGAGAGAACGAGACAAGCAAGCGAAAGAGGCAAAGUCUUCUAGCGGACAAUCUUCUCAUCUACCUAUUCCUUCUUCCAAUCAGCCAAAGAGGACACCUCAAUCGCUAUCCAUCUCCGUGCCUUCUCCAAUUUCUCCCAUGGCUUCAUCACUUCCUCAAUCGGCAUCAUAUUUUUCCAUGUCCCCUUCACAUCAUCCAUUUAGCAUGUCUACCGGCUCGACGUCAGUAUCUGGUAAUUCAACACCUGUAACCCUGUUUUCUCCAUCUGUUUCUACCUCAACCUCCGGAAUAGGAUAUAGUCCUGAGACAUCGAUGAGUGCAAGUCUAUUCAGCUUGGGUCUAGAAGCAACAACGCUAUCUGCGACCACGAUCGAAUUACAAACGGAUAAGCCCAGUAAACGGAAUCCUCGAAGCAAGACUAGGACAGUAUCUACAAGUCUGACAACUUCGGUGGCGGCGGCUGCGAAGAAAGGCUCACCACCACCAUUAUUUAGUGCCCUACCUCAACCGUCUCGUGAAGCCAAAAUACCGAAUCCUGAUGCCAAACCAGCCAAGAGGCGAAAAUCAGAGCCACAAACUGACGACAUCUGGGGCAUGAGUAGUAUCGUACAGGGUUUAGGGGUUACGACUGGUCAAGAGGAGCCAGCACAUUCCACUUGGCAGCCGAAGGCAGUGGAAGCUAGACCGCAACCACGUCGAACAGCUUCUGAUGGUAUUGUCAUGAAAUCGAGUCACGAAAAAGAUAAACAGUGGGGGGCAAGAUCACCAACUCCACCGCCCGUGCCGUCGUUGCCUAGCGAAUAUCGACAGAAUAGAUUAUUACAAUCAUCUUCAAGUACCGAAAUCAUGUCGGAUGCUGCUUCCACCCCUUCAGUACAAGCGGAAGUGUUCGCAACGAGGUUAGUCUAUCUAUUGAACAAGGAUGAAACGGAAACUGGGUGGUUGAGCAGUCAAAUUGGGUUGGACGCGAAUGACGUUGAAGGGAUGAAAGGCACUCUGAAGGCAGCGUAUGACAAGUUUAUGCUAGAAAAGGGUAUGAAGGAAAUGAGCUUGGAGUCAGGCGAAGGAGCUAUAAGUAGCCACCCAUCAUCGACCAGCAUGACACCGUCAAUGUCUCUCAACGAUCAACGGUCUGUUCCCGCAUCACCGACCACGGUUUUAUCAAGUUCAGCUUCUUCUUUCUUUACCCCAAGCACAUCUUCACGCUCCGCUUCUCGUCGUGGCGACAAGCGGCCUACCACAACUGCACCCAUCGCCGAAUCACCAUCCAAGCCAUCACACACCCGCCAGAGAUCACUUUCAUCCGCCUCCAUGAUGGCUCGAGGACUGCAUAUUACGUCUCAUCAUCCAACUCAGGCCCAGCAGCACUGGUCACACCCUGCCACACCUAUCUUACUUCAAGGUACAUCAACUAUUAUUCCUUCUGAUCCCCAAUCCGAUGAUACAGCGUCUCCUGUCCAUUCGUCACUACAAACGCCUUCAACUGGUCAAGGAUCAUUCCCGCCUUCAGAUCAGAUGACAACAUAUCACGGUCAUUGGCGAUCAGCGACUGAUCCUACAGGUCAAAGAGUUUACACCACCUUCCAUCAAAGUCCUGUACAGAUGCAACAGGCAAAUCAAAAUGGACAAUGGCAGGCUCCGAAUACGUGUCCCCCUGGUCAAGCCUACAACCAAAAUCAAAACAGACUUGAUAGUCCCCUUGCUAUCAAAAGUGGACAAAUGCAAAUGCUGCCCCCUUCUUCAACCUCAAGUAACAAUCAAAAUAUGCUGACAACGUCAGGAAAUGGUUUAUCGACGGUUGGAAUGAAUGUUCAUGCGCCUCUUCAGAGCGCAGAUGCCGUGAUGAUGCAUGGUCAACCCGUUGAACAACACCCCGGUUCAUCCCAAGGGUAUAUGGGUCACCAAAGACAUUUCAGCACCCCAGUGACUUCCCGAAAUCAAGCCAAUUCAACGAGGGAUGUCAUGUCUGUCCCUUAUACACCUGAUACACCUGUUCCUGUAAGAGGUCAAAAUCAACACAUGAUGCAAGGGUUAAUGACUACCAUGCCAAUGUGGUAUCAUUCGACGUUCAUGUCCGGUAAUCAGAACUUUGAGCAGUCGAUCGAAGCGGACCAAGGUCAACAAUCACAAGGUCACGGUCAAGAUCAAGGGAUGAAUGCAUAUCACAACAUGGGACAAGGUGGUUUAUGA